AUGAUAUAAAUAGGUUUCUUUUUUAAUUUUAUCACAAAUUAAAUUAAAUUUUCUCAUUCUUGUUACUCGUUGCCGUUACGAUUUGCUAAAAGAAAAGAGAGAGCAAGUGCUAAUCAAUUCCAACAGUUCUACAGAAAUCUCGAUUUAUAGGUCGACAAUAUUUCUUUUUCUAACGGAUACAAAAAAUAGUCAUGAAAGUAAAAUUAAUAUAUCAACUGCUGCAUUUCGAUUCAGAAGUUGAAUUUUAAUAUUCAAUGCAAAGAUAAAUAUUUUUAUGUGUUUGGUAGUUAUUUAGCUGUGAUUAGGCAUUACGAAAUAUAUCGCAAAUAACGAAUAAUUGCGCAAUUCGUACGAAAUUGCAAAAUCAUGUAUCUCAUAAAACUCAGGACGUUCAAUUUGAAUGUUUCGUCACACGUGACAUGGAACGUAGCAUGAAAACUACAUAAAGAAAAAAAAUGGAAAGAUACCGCAGUGCUAUCUCACAGAAGAGACUUUCAUACUGCGGUCGAUGCGUUUAAUGAUCGAUUAUAAUGCGACAAAGAACAAUAUUUCGUAGAUUUAUCUCGUACAGUCGUUCAGUUACUUUUCAUCCUAACCUCUCAAAAAUUUUCAAGUACACACGUACAUCGAAUCGCGAUAUGACAACAGACACGAGAUUUCUGUCAGAGGCCAGAGCCGACUUGAGAGAUGUUUUCCACUCCGCCGUGAAAGCGGUGUCACCAAAUGAGAUUGUAAGACGGAGAGUGAAAUUACAAGAUAAUGCCUUGUACGUUGAUGGAAAAAGCUUUCCGCUUAAAGAGAAUGUUUAUCUCGUUGGAUUUGGUAAGGCAGUUAUGGGAAUGGCUGUGGAACUUGAGAGAAUACUCGGUAACGUUCUGAGGAAGGGUAUAGUCAGUGUCCCAAGUGUAUCUAAAGAUGCCAUGUGGACUACCGGAGAUAUGUCUAGCUUCCCCAGGUUACACGACAGUAAAAUCGAUUAUCGCGAGGGUGCUGUCAACAAUCAACCCGAUAGCAGAUCGUUAGACACCACGCACGAUAUCAUAGAUCUGGUUGAAAACUUGACAGAGGCAGAUACUCUCAUAGUAUUGGUAUCGGGCGGAGGUUCUGCGUUGUUAUAUAUGCCGAGGCCCGUCCUGAAUCAGGAAGACAAGAUAGAACUCUGUAGAAAACUCCAAAAUGCAGGUGCCGACAUCACCGAACUUAACACUGUAAGGAAAAAACUUUCUCUGGUAAAGGGUGGUGGUUUGGCACGGAUGGCCUAUCCAGCAUCUGUUAUUACUCUAAUAUUAUCCGAUAUCGUCGGAGAUCCUGUAGAUCUAAUUGCUAGUGGUCCUACUGUUUAUAGCAGCAAAGCGCCAGAAGAUGUUAUUGCUGUAUUAAAAAAAUAUAAUUUGUAUGAUUCGUUAGAAGGUAAUUUAAAAACAGUCGUAACGUCCAAGGAAACAUUUAAUGACAAACCAUUGUUAAAUCCUGCUAAAAACUUUAAACAUGUGACAAAUAUAAUUCUAGGAAAUAAUACAAUGGCUCUUGAAGCCGCAAGUCUUGAAGUUUCACGUAAAAAAUUGACCCCAAUAAUAUUAAGAGAUGAUGUUACAGGAAAUGUACAGGAUGUUAGUUUAGCAUAUGUUCACAUAACAAGCCUGAUAUGCCUUGUCUUAUUAAAUAAACUGGGAAGAAAAGAGUUUUAUGAUAGAGUACGGACUACACUAAUACUUCCCUUAUCCAUUGAUAAAAUCGACAAAAUCUUCAAACAUAUUAUUGGCAAUCUUGAUGGAAUUGUUUUGAUCGGUGGAGGAGAACCUACAGUUGUAGUAACAGGUCGAGGAAAAGGUGGUAGAAAUCAAGAGUUGGCUUUACGUUUCUCAUUGGACUGGCUAGCGAAAAUCAAGAGUUACCCGCGAUUCGUUGAGUUCGAUGUGAUGAUGCUCAGUGGAGGUACUGAUGGUCAAGAUGGUCCUACUGAUGCAGCAGGUGCAUUUGGUUAUCCUGCCAUUGCACCUUUAAUACAUGAUGUUUAUGCGAAAGUUAAAUCUAUGGCUGUUAAAAAGAAUCCACAGGUUUUAUCUGAGCAGGACUUGACGACAGACAGAAAAAUUCCGAUACAGCAAAUGAGUGGAUUUAUAACAGAACCCGAUGUUGAACGAAACUUUGAUAACACAACGAAAAAGUCUGUUCGAGAUAUCAAUGAACAUAUCGAUCCCUUAGUAUUAAAGAUAAUGGAAGUAGAACGCAUGUUACCUGAAAAUACUUUAAAAGAAAACGAUACGUAUAAUUUUUAUGCACGUUUUAAGAAAGGAGCGGACUUAAUCAAAACAGGAAUCACUGGAACCAAUGUUAUGGAUUUACAUUUUAUUUAUAUCAAAAAACGUCCAUGCAGAUGCGAGAUCGAUUCCUCUGAUAAAUCAAUAUGUGAAGAAGAUAUCAUGGACGUACACGAUUUGCAUAUUGAUGCAUUAACUGUUGAAAAGUACAAGGCUAUGCAUGCUCCCUUAAAAUUUGACAAAGACAAGUUUUUAGAAAAACCAUCGUUAGUUAUGGAUAUUAAAGAGGAAGAACUGCUUAGUACAAAAAUCAUUAAUAAAAAUUUUAAAGAUCCAUGUUGUGAUAAAAAAGUAAAAUAA